AUGGAAUACGUGAAGCGCCCCCUUCGAGCUGCGACUACUCCAGCUGCCCAGAGGUUCUAUCUCAGCACAUUUCUUGUCAUCGCCGUAUCAACCAUCUUGCUCUUCUUAGCCGCCGCGUCGUACUCUGUCGCCUACUAUUCCUACGUCCCUAAGAAGGUCGUGUCUAUCCCGGUACAUCUGCAAUACAACGCCGGCCUCAAUCCCUUCGGCGUCACCUCGCUGCAAAAGGACCUCAUGCUCGAAACCGCCUACGACGUGACAGUCACCCUGACGCUCCCACGCUCCCCGCCCAACACCGAGCGCGGCAACUUCAUGAUCGCACUCUUCGCGACCCGCUCCUCGCUGGAUAAUCCGGCGCAAUCCUUCGGCCUCGUCCAGGAUCCCUACAAGCACAUGAGCGCCUCCAACGUCGUCUUCACCUCGCGCCGCCCGGCCCUGGUCCCGUAUACCGACCCCCUGGUGUCCUUGACGAGCCGGCUCCUGUUCCUGGCGUGGCACGUCGUUGCGCCGGCGAGCGAGAAGGUGGUGCUGGCGGUCCCGAUGGGCGAGUUGGUAGAGUUCAGAGAACAGCUGCCGCUGAGCUUGCUGCUCGACGUGCAGGCUGGCCAGACGUUCCAGGUAUACGAGGCGCAGAUCGAGCUCGUGGCAAGGUUGGAGGGCCUCAGGUGGAUGAUGUACAAUCACAGGGUCAUCAGUUUCGUGGCGGGUACGUUGUUGUUCUGGGGCGUGGAGAUCACCUCGUUCGGCUUGGUUUUAUCUGUGCUGGCCUUUUGCCUCGGUUGGACAAGGGAGAGCGAGGAGGUCCCUGCGAUUGAACAAGACGGCUACAAGGUGGACAGAGGUGACGGUCGGGCAGUCGUGAAGCGCGAGAACAGGGCAGAGAGCACAGUCGCCGAAAGCUCCAAGGAAGACAAGGGCCAGGAUCGAGCAGUAAAGAGCGAAGAGGAAGAGGCUUAUGAGAGGUUCAUCAAAGAGGAGAGCAUUGAAAGGGACUUGCCGCCGAGACGGAUUGGCUAUGGCGAAGACGAUGAGGGCGAGGGCACUGGGAACAUUUACGGGAGAGGCUGA